GGAAUGGUUGUUGAUGGCAGUGUUAUGAUCCAAUGUGGUGUUUGUUUUAUGUGUGACUCCUCCAACCAGAGGAUGGCUGUCGGUUUCUUCCCCUUUUCUCUCUUAGGAGAUGGACACCUGGGCGUGCCUGCUGAGUAGCUGGGCGGAGUCUCUUCCUGUCCUUGGAUUGGAUAAUUGACUAAUCACCUGCAGUAUUUAACUACCAGAUGACAGCCACCUGGCCCCUCUCUCCUAAUCUCCACCAUUCAACCAAGAACCUGUGUGUUGGUUCGUUGCAGUGUAGAGUCUCUUUGACAAAGUGUUCAGCCAGUAUAACCUUGUGUGUGUGUCUGGCAUUAUUAUGUCAAUGUUGUAAAUAGCUGUAAAUAGAUUGGUCAAGUAGCAAUCGUACACUUUGUUCACCUUGUAUAUAUCCUUCACUGCAGCAGCCUAGUAGGCGUGAGAAGCCAUUUUUGUUGAUUACGUUUUCUCCUGUUUUUUUGUUUAGGAAGUUAGGUAAGUGAAUUUGUCUUUUGUUUGGGUUUCAUUUUUGUGUAGGAAAGCGUAGGGACCAUUAGGGAGUUUUGUUUGUUAUUUUUGGCACUGCUCACUGCUGAAGCUAAUAAAUGGCUGCUUAGCACUUUAAAAGUUACGACUGUUUGUGUUCUUGCUUUGGUGGAGCGGGAGUGGGCCAAUUUCUUGUUGCGUUCAAUACAUGCCUGGACAAAGAACGUAACAUUAAUUGGGGGCUCGUCCAUUUUUUCUUUUUUUUUUUUCUUCCGUCGGGCUGGCUUGGAGUGUGGGCUGUUUUGUGCUUUGUUCUUUUUCGUUGCUGUUGUCGCAGGUGGGUUGCCUGUGUUCUUGGUUGGCUCUGCUAUUCUGGUUGGCAGUUUUUUCUUGUGUGGGAGGGUGUGUGUGUUAGUAUGGAAUUUAAAUUGGAGGAUUUCACUUUAGGCCCAACUGAAGAAAAGUUGGACAGAUGUAAAAAGGAUGACCUCAUUCUUAUUGCCAAUUUCUUUGAUGUGACUGUGCCACUGAAUGCAAAGAAGAAGGAGCUUAAAGAGCUCCUGUGUAUUAAACUGCAUGAAAGGGGGUUGUUUGGUGAGCCAGGUCCUGCAGAGGGUGUUGAGCUGGGUGCUGUUGCUGGUAUUCCUGCCCCACUGAAAAAUCUCCCUCCUCAACCUGGCCCUUCUGCGGAAGAGCUGCAGUUAACGCUGCGCAUAAAGGAGGUGGAGUUAAAGAAGCAGCAGUUGGAGGUGGAUGCCAUGCACUUAAGGGUGAGGGCUCUGGAGAUAGAGAGGGGAGCCUCUGUAUCUGCCAGUCCUCCUACACCUCUGUCAGCUCCGCAGUCGCCAUCCCCUAAGCCAGACGACAGCUUUGAUGUAAGUAGGCACAUCAAAUUAGUCCCUGCAUUUAGAGAAACUGAGGUAGACUCUUAUUUCACAUUGUUUGAGCGCAUUGCAGGGGCACUACACUGGCCAAAGAAUGUAUGGUCUCUUUUACUUCAAUGCAAAUUGGUGGGGAAAGCUCAAGAGGUAUGCACAGCUCUUUCACUUGAGGACAGUUUGGACUAUGACAUUGUGAAAGCUGCUGUCCUGCGUGCAUACGAGCUUGUGCCAGAGGCAUAUAGGCAAAAAUUUAGGAAUGUGAAAAAAUCUGCCACCCAGACUUAUGUGGAGUUUGCCAGAGAAAAGAAAACUCUGUUUGAUAAAUGGUGUCAUGCUACAAAAGUAAAAACCUUAGAUGACUUGCGUGAGUUGGUGUUGUUAGAAGAGUUCAAAAGUCAACUCCCAGAAAAAGUGGUAACCUACUUAAACGAACAGAAGGUUACAACUCUUGCCGCUGCUGCUGUACAGGCUGAUGAGUUUGUGUUGACACACAAAGCGGUGUUUUCAUCUCCUGUUCACAGCCCACAGACCUCAGUUAGCCCACAAAUCUGGUCUCCAAAGAGCACCCGUCGUACCACCACCUCAUCCAUUGAAGAAAGAGAGUGUUAUUAUUGCCAUGAGCAGGGACACCUCAUUGCUGCUUGUCCCAUUCUGAAAAGAAAGGAACAGAUCAGGAAGGGAGAUGGACACCUGGGCGUGCCUGCUGAGUAGCUGGGCGGAGUCUCUUCCUGUCCUUGGAUUGGAUAAUUGACUAAUCACCUGCAGUAUUUAACUACCAGAUGACAGCCACCUGGCCCCUCUCUCCUAAUCUCCACCAUUCAACCAAGAACCUGUGUGUUGGUUCGUUGCAGUGUAGAGUCUCUUUGACAAAGUGUUCAGCCAGUAUAACCUUGUGUGUGUGUCU